AUGGAUUAUCAGAAGCUAAACUCAUGGACUGAAAAGGAUCACUUUCCAAUGCUAUUUAUGGAUCAAAUGCUUGACCGGCUAUCAGAGAGGGGAUGGUACUGCUUUCUAGAUGGGUACUCUGGUUACAACCAAAUCUCUAUUGCGCUAGAAGACCAAGAGAAAACCACCUUCACCUGUCCUUAUGGAACGUUCACAUUUAAAAGAAUGUCAUUUGGGCUAUGUGAUGCCCCGGUGACAUUUUCGCGUUGCAUGUUAUCCAUUUUUGCGGACAUGGUAGAAGACUCUAUGGAGGGAAGUCGAAGUUCUAGAGGAAUUGAAGUUAUAAUUGAAGUUGCAGAAAUUGAGCUUGGGUAA